AAAAUGGUUAACCAAAAAAAAAUCAAAACUAGACAAUACUCAUGGACCGAGGUUGUAGGUUCUAUGUGUUAUUUCAGGAACAUAAUUCUAAUUUUUACUCCAUAUUUUUAGUGAAAUUUUGGUCAGACUGCCUGAGCCUGAGCUUCUCCUCAAAAGCCAUCCACGGGCGACCCGGCCCGACUGACUUCAUCUUCUCCAAUCGUUCCUGGACUCCAACAGGGAGAGGGAGAGGGAGAGGGAGAGGGAGAGAGAUGAUCAACAGGACAAAGCUGAAAACCCUUCUCUCUCUCUUCGCCCUAAACUCGAUCACUCUCUACCUCUAUUUCUCCUCCCACGACGCCGAUCACAUCCGCCACAAGUCUCCGGCGAACCCCCGGUCCCAUCCAUCGGAAACUCGCUACAAACAAUCGCAUUCCCCUCCGUUUCGCACCAAACCCUGGCCGAUACUCCCGUCUUACCUCCCGUGGUCCCAGAGCCCGGAUGUCGCGCUCAGAUCCUGCGAGGCGUACUUCGGAAACGGCUUCACGCGCCGCCUCGACCUUCUCGCGCCCUCCGAUGGGGGCUGGUUCAGGUGUUUCCACAGCGAGACGUUGCAGAGCUCGGUGUGCGAGGGAGGGAGGGUUAGGAUGAGUCCGGAUAAGAUUAAAAUGUCAAAAGGAGGAGAGAAACUGGAGAUGGUGAUGGGAAGGGGAGAAGAGGAGGAAAUGCCUGUGUUCGAAUCCGGAGCGUUUGAUAUCCAAGUCUCGGAUCCAUCCAAGUCCGGGAAGAAGGUCGUGCCCCAAGGUUCCAUUGGGAAAUACACUAUGCGGGAGUUGAUUGAUUCAAUUCUGUUCACUGGUGCCGAAGACUUCCAAUGCACAGAGUGGAUUGAGGAGCCAACACUUCUGGUGACACGCUUUGAGUACGCAAACCUUUUCCACACCUUCACGGAUUGGUACAGUGCAUAUGUGGCAUCCAGAGUCACUGGCUUGCCGAGUCGACCUCAUGUUGUCUUCGUGGAUGGCCACUGUGAGACACAAUUGGAAGAAACAUGGAAAGCACUGUUUUCAAGCAUCAGAUACGCAAAAAAUUUCAGCGGUCCUGUUUGCUUCCGCCAUGUCAUUCUCUCACCCUUGGGGUAUGAGACAGCCCUCUUUAGGGGCCUCUCACAAAAUAUAAACUGCCAAGGAGCUUCGGCCCAUGAACUGUGGCAAAACCCAAACGACAAGAGAACCGCGAGGUUGCAUGAGUUUGGGGAGAUGGUAAAAGCAGCCUUUGGGUUCCCAGUGAAUAGACUAAACAACCCCUUGAAGCCUGUUUCAGGUCACAAUAUUCUCUUUGUUCGGCGCGAGGACUAUUUUGCCCACCCCCGUCACAGCGGGAAAGUGCAGUCGAGGCUUAGCAACGAAGAAGAAGUGUUUAAUUCGGUCAAAAACUGGGUGGCAUCAUCAUCAUCAUCAUCAAGACAAUUGAAGUGCAAGGUGAAUGUAGUGAAUGGGCUGUUUGCACACAUGUCGAUGAAGGAGCAAGUUCGAGCAAUACAAGACGCCUCCAUCAUCGUGGGGGCCCACGGGGCGGGUCUUACCCACAUCAUAUCCGCGAUGCCGAGGACGGUAGUUUUAGAGAUUGUUAGCAGUGAAUACAGACGUCCCCAUUUCGCCCUCAUCGCGCAAUGGAAGGGUCUCGAGUAUCACCCCAUUUUCUUGGAUGGGUCCCACGCCAAUCCCCCUGUCGUGACUGACAAGCUCCGCAGCAUUUUGAAAAACAGCUUCGAAUGCUGACCUUGCAGGCUCUGCCGCUGCUUCAAAAUUGAUUGAUGGCUAACAUAUACAGGGCAAGAUUACGAAAACCCAAUGGGGAAUAGUCUCAGUUUUGGCUAUCUUCAAUCUGUGUAUUUGCAGUGUAUCAGUCCGUGUAGUCAGUAGUGUAAUACGUACUUCAUCAUUUUAGCUACGAAUACAUUUUCAAAAGAAAUUAAAUUAUACGAAUACGUUAUUUACCGUAAAAAAAGAAGUGGUCAUUU